AUGUGUGAAGAGUUGACUGAAUUUUUGGAGGAUAAAGAGAAUAUCGAUGAGUCUUCAUGUAAAAAGUACAUGAAACUUGUUUUACCACAUGUUAUCCUGGUUGCUGCAGUAUGUUUCUAUGCGAUAGCUGGCGCGUGGGUCUUUUAUAGUCUCGAAUCACCUCAUGAAGAUAAGUUGAAGAAAAUUGGUAUACAAAAAAUUGAUGAAUUGCGCAAAGAGUUAAUUCAAACGUUACGGAUGAAACGGAAAGAAUUAAAAAGAACCAAAAUGGAUAGUUGGGCUCGCGUAACUGACGUAAAACUUCAAACUUUCAAUGAGUAUUUGUAUAGAGCUUUCAAAGAACAUUAUGUUAGGUAUGCAGAUAUUCGCAUUUUCAAAACGAAUAUCGACAAACGCAGCGGUAAUACGAAAAUAAGAAGGUAUAGGAAAAAAUCAAAACAUGGAUCAAAAUCGAUUAGAAGCAAAAAAUUAUGGACGGCAAGUAGCGCUAUAUUUUUUGCAGCAACAACAAUGGCUACCAUCGGUUACGGUAACAUUGUACCGAUAACAUCACAUGGACGCAUUGCCUGUGUUAUAUUUGCAUUAUUUGGUGUGCCGCUGGCUAUUAUAACGAUUGGUGACCUCGGCAAAUUUUUAUCGGAAUGUACAAUAUGGCUUUACACUAAGAUGAAAAAAUCUCGCUUUUCGUUGAAACGUUAUUCUAUCAGUUUAAAAUUGAGAACUGCUCGCAAUCCAGAACUGAGAUCGCCGGAAAAAUCCAAUGAAGCGGUGAAACAAUUAUUAAAUUGGAAUGAUGCGUUGGAUAAAACAAAAGUGCCUUUAGUCUUAGUCCUUACCAUACUUCUUUUUUACAUUGCCUUUGGCGGCUUUCUGUUUGCUUCGUUUGAGCCAUGGACUUAUACGGACGCAUUUUAUUUUUGUUUUGUUUCGCUAACUACAAUUGGAUUUGGCGAUCUUGUGCCUGAAAGUCAAGAGUAUGUUGCUCUAUUUGUGAUUGAAACUUUUGCCGGCGUAACUAAAAUUUCAAAAUAUGUACCGCUCAUGUUGGUGUACUUGGGAAUUGGCCUUGCCGUGACAACAAUGUGCAUCGAUUUGGUUGGCAUUCAGUACAUCCAGAAAAUUCAUUAUUUUGGUCGGAAAUUCCGUCAUACCGACAUAUUACAAUUGCUCAAGCGAAGACAAAUGAUUGAACAAGGGCUAACAAUUGAUCAGAAUGAUGAAUUCUUAAAAUUAUACCUCAAGCAACUUCAAGAAGCAGGGACAGUAUCCAUAGAAGAACCAAAAUGGCAUUUAUGGAGUAAUGCAUCCGAGAUGUCUAUUCCAGCCAGCUAUGAUAUCAAUGAUGAUAAUAACAACGAAGAACCGCAAAAAUUUUCAAUUCAUUCACCUAUUCAAUCACUAUUACCAACAGCAGAAUCACUAGAAAGAAUUACUAAUGAAAGUUGCCGCAGGCGAUCAUUUUCAAUCGAGCGGUUCUCUGUAAAUUCUUCAUCUGAACAAAUACCGAACCCAAAACUAAUUACAUCAAAUUCUCCGAUUUUUACUAAAGAGCAACCGUCAUUAGCAUCGCAGUCACUAAUUUUGUCACAACAACAAUUACCAGGGACAAAGCCAUCGUCAAUAUCCGUUGCGCUUGUAUCACCCUCAAGCAGCCUUAUUGGAUUAGCCUGCAUGACGCGUUGGAAUUCAUAUACCGAAAUGUUGAAUGAAGCAAAGAAUUCGUUCGCAAAGCCGGAAAUCAAAGCCACGGAAAUGUUUCUUGACGAUUCAACAAUGGCCACAUAUGAAAAUGAGGAUUAUCAAGUCGAGCAUGAAGAAAUUUUUAGCAAUAAAUAUGAAGCUGUUUCGAAAUCAUCGCAAUCAUCGUCAUCAACAAUAUCAUCUACCGGUCAGAGUAUGCAGAUCAUACGACCCUCUAAACUUGAUUUAGAUACUUGUGAAUCAGUGGAACGGAUUAGUACCACAUCUAAAGCACCACCUGAACAGGAUAUCCAACAAUCAGUUAUAUACUAUCAAAAUAUCCCAAUUCAUAGCCGACAUCAAAAGACGGUAGAAACAGAAAAUGCUUUACAAAAUUUGCUUGAUGCUCCGGAAUGUAUUGUUAGUCAUAAACUACCACCAGCAGUAGUUGAUGAUAACUAUUGCUUUGUGAUUGAUGGCGAAACGAUCGGAUCAGAAGCAAUGCUGCAUGACGAUAUUCAUUGGAGUCAUACGAGUCGACCGACGCAAUACUUUUAUUCAGACGAUUUACGUAACUUUCACCGAGUUAAUUGUAUUAAAGCUAAAGGGAAGAUUAUCGCCAUAAAAAUUAUUGGCUCCCAAGCACAGACAUUCAGCGCAGUACAGUCAUCUCGAUCCACUCCGAUACAUCCAUUCCGAUCAGUGGAUUCUCUACCGGCUCGCUCCAUAUCUUCCAUUAGUGGUUUUCGUCGUGACACCAUAUCACUGCUACAGGUCUACGUCGUUACACGAAUUUAUAGUUUCUGGAAAACGUGUCCGUCCUUUCGUCGUAUUGUCACGUUGUUUGAUCGAGUGAAUGGAAAUGAAAAUAUCCAUUUUCAAAAACGGAUAUUCGUGCAACACAUUUGGCGUAAUACGAAACAAUCGGAGAAAGAACGCGUAAAACACGAAUUUAAUCGAGAUCGUGCAAGACUUCUUAAAUCUAAAUCCAAUGAAAUAUCGACGAAACAUGCCUUCAAAUGA